CAACUGCCCGCAAUCAUUCCCCGGUCAGCCAUUGCAGGCCAUGGCCACCAGCACCACCCUCUUCUUCUAACAUUAACCCCAAAAAAUCCCAAAAAAGAAACCAAAAAAAAAAAAAAAAAUCGACAGUUUUCCGUUUCCCGUUGUUUUCCCUGCUUUGAUCUGGGUCCUCUUCAAACGUUCUCGUGGAAUCCGAUCUGGGUUUUCGAUCUUUCUUCGAGGGGAUUCAGCUCUCGGUGCGUGCUGGUUCUGGAUUUGGUUGGCCCUGAUAACUCGGCUGGGGUUUUGAUUUGCUUUCUUUCUGUUUGAUAUUUUGACAAUGUGGAGGGAUCCUGGAACUUCCGCUGAUUCUUUCUACGAGGUUCGGCCGGACUGCACCGAUGUUCCCAUCACUAAAUUCAGAAUCAAGGCUGGAAAAACUCUUAGUGUGCGUAAAUGGCAGGCUGCAUUUACUCCAGAAGGUUAUCUGGAUAUAGGCAGGGUACUUGGUCGAAUCCAGCGAGGGGGGAUCCAUCCAUUGAUUAGAAGCGAAGUUUGGGAGUUUCUACUUGGUUGUUUUGAUCCUAAGAGCACAUUUGAUGAACGAGAGCAAAUACGGCAUCAGCGGAGGGCACAAUAUGCUGCACUGAAAGAAGUUUGCCGCCAAAUGUUUCCCAUUAUUGGAAGUGGUAGGUAUAUAACAGCACCUGUAAUAACUGAAGAUGGUGAUCCUACCAAUGAUCCUAUAGUGCUUCUAGAAGCAAAUCUAGAUGAGGGACCGGAUUCACUUACUCAAGAAAAUGGCAUAUCCCGCAGUUCAGUAUGCGUGAAAGAGGUAGACAAGAAAAUAAUCCAAUGGAAGCUUACUCUACAUCAAAUAGGUCUUGAUGUGGUUCGCACUGACAGGACCCUAGUUUUCUAUGAGAAGAAAGAGAAUUUAUCAAAACUUUGGGAUAUUCUCUCUAUAUAUGCCUGGUUUGACACCGAUGUUGGGUACUGCCAAGGAAUGAGUGAUCUUUGCUCCCCCAUGAUCAUCCUUCUUGAAGAUGAAGCAGAUGCAUUUUGGUGCUUUGAACGUUUGAUGCGCAAAAUGCGAGGAAAUUUCAGAUGCACAGAAAGAUCUGUUGGGGUGGAAACACAACUUACUAAUUUGGCAACAAUUACCCAAGUUAUUGACCCAAAACUUCAUCAGCAUUUAGAGACCCUAGGUGGAGGUGACUAUUUGUUUGCUGUUAGAAUGCUUAUGGUUUUGUUUCGUCGAGAAUUCUCUUUUGGUGAUUCACUAUAUCUUUGGGAGAUGAUGUGGGCUCUGGAAUAUGACCCUGACUUGUUCGCCAUCUACGAGGAACCCCAUUCGGUUGCAGAAAGACCUGAGGGAUCUAAAGUAAAACCCAAGUCAAUAAGCCAAUGUGGGAAGUUUGAGAGAGAAAAUAUGAAAAAUGGAGCAAAAAAUUCUGAUGCCCCACUACCCAUUUCUGUUUUUCUCGUGGCCAGUGUCCUGAAAGAUAGAAGCGCAAGGUUACUCACGGAGGCCCGAGGCCUAGAUGAUGUUGUUAAGAUAUUGACUGACAUUACAGGAAGUCUGGACGCCAAAAAGGCAUGCAAUGAGGCAAUUAAACUCCAUAAGAAGUACCUAAAAAAGGCCAAGAAGGCAUGACUGCAAGCUAAAGCUUGGGUUUGGAAGAAACGAAUGGCUACAAGAAUAACAGGUGGUUUUGGAAGUGAACAUGGUAUGCUUCCAUUGUAAGAUCUUGGCUCAGGCUCCAUAGAGAGAACACUCUUCAACCAGUAGAAGAAUGCUGGCGGAAGCUUUUGUUGCACGUAAAAUCAAUCAUUGUAACAUGUAUAUUUAAAGCAUUAAUUGUAAUUCAUAAUACGAAAUAUUGUUUCUAUCAUUACCUGUUAAUUUGUAAAACUGAUCAAAUACAAGGAAAGAAAAAAAAAACAAUUUGCUCCAAGUUUACUCCACAUUAAAGAAGGAUUUAUCA